AUGUUAGCAAAUAGGCACUGGCUCAUCGGUACAGUGAGUCAACGAUUGCUAUCCAAUGGGAGUGCUUACGCUGCGUUCUACAAUGUAUUCUUGGCCGACAACUAUACGUCGAUGGGCAACAUUCUACAGAGCUUAAGCUACCAGCACUACGACACAUCCGGCCGAUGUUUGCUGGUGAUCGAUAUUGCCUUUAAUGCGCAAUAUUUGGAGCACAUAGUGACCAGUCUCUGGAAGCUUAGGAUUGUUCAUGUAGUAGUGAUUGUGCGGGAAGACGACGAUAAAGGCUACCGAGCGUACGAUUACCAGCCGUUUCGUGAAGGAAGAUGUAAGUCGGUAGAACCACAACUUUUAGACCAUUUUCGUGCAGGGCGCUGGGAAAAGCUUCACCUGUGGUACAGGAACGGCAUGAAGAAUUUCAACGGUUGCACGCUGAGGGCGGGCACAUUUUCCGCCAAACCGUACUCCAUGGUGCACCGCGCAGGGAACGUUACGAAGCGCAUCGGUAUGGAGGUGACCAUAGUGGAAAACAUUGCCAAGUGGUUUAACUUUACGAUUGAAUAUCGGACCCCGGUCGGUAAGGUGAAGUGGGGCAUCAUACGCGCGGUAAACAGUACCGGGCUGGUCGGUAUGAUACAGCGCAAUGAGGUAGAUUUCGGAUUCGGUACCGUCGGCACUAAUGUGCACCGUAACAAGUUUCUCAAGAUGGGUGCACCGAGCUUUCUGUCCCAGCUGAACGUGGCCAUCCCGCCGGACGGACCGUAUACCUGGUGGGAGAAACUGUACGAACCCUUCUCACCUGCCGCAUGGUUGUGUCUUAUCCUGUGCUACUCGAUCUUUAUCCUGAUAACGGUCAUCAUUUUCGACUCGAAGUUCGUUACUACGGUGGAACACCUUUCCAACCCGGCGUACAAUCUGUGGGAGCUGUUGAUGGGCGGACCGUCGGGCAGGUAUCGUCGCAGCAGCAUCCGCAUAUACAUCACCGGCUUCGUGCUGAACGCGCUUAUCAUACGCACGAUGUACCAAUCGGCCAUGUUUCAGCGUCUACAGGCAACGACAAGGCUCGGUACGAAGCUGAACACCUUUCAGCAGAUAAACGAUGCACACUUGCUUUACUACAUGUACAUCACGACAUCGCUCUACUAUCAGGACAAUCCGAUGUUGCGCGGCAGAAUUCGUAUCCUCCAGGACGAGAGCCAGGACUGGGAUGAGAUUAUGUACAACAUUUCGCAGCACAAACUGCACGGUGUGUUUGCAAUACCGCUCGACAUUAUCGAAUACUAUGUGAAAAAUUACGGCCAGCGUGGCAUAGUGUACGUCGGCCGGCACACAGGCUUCAACUACAACGUGGGCAUCUACUAUCCGAAGGCAUCGCCGCUGACGAAACCGUUCGAUACGAUGGUGGGCCGGUAUCAGGCAGCAGGAUUGAUCCACAUUUGGCGUGAACGGUUCCGCGACACACGCUACUGGAACGGGGCAAAGCGUCAACCGGAACCGAUCAGUCUCCAGUGGCAGCACGUAUCCGGUGCGUUUUAUCUGUGGGCGAUGAUGCUUGCCCUAUCGGUGCUGGUGCUGUUUGGUGAGUCAUUCGUGCAUCGGAGGAAAUGA